UACGUAAAAGAAUAGAAAGUGAAACUUAAAGCUGAUUUCCAGGUUGCUGAACUGAGCAGAAAGACUCCAUUACAGGGUGAAGUAUCUCUACUAUAAACAUUCAACCAGAAGGAUUAUAAUCUGUAAUUUAAAGAGUGAGUUUAGUGAGUCUUGCUGUUUAAAGAGAAAUUGAGAAAAUGGCUGAUAAAAUAGUUCUUGUUGAAAGUUUCCUGAACUGUCACGUUUGUUCAGAGACGUUCAGAGAUCCUGUGUCUCUGAGCUGCAACCACAGCUUCUGUUCACGCUGCCUGGAACUAUUCUGGAAACAAGCUGGAGACAAAAACUGUCCCCUUUGUAAAAGGAAAUCCUCAAAAGAAGAUCCAAAUGUGAACUUUGUACUGAAGGAACUGGCUGACUCCUUUGCUGAGAGGCAGAAUAAAGCUUCACCUGAGACGGAACAAGAGAAGGAGAAAGAGGAGGUCGUGUGUGAGAAACAUCCAGAAGUCCCUUGUUGGUUCUGUGAGGACGAGCAGAAAGCUGUGUGUCGUGUCUGUGAGUUUCCUCUCCACCAGAGUCACAAGGUGGUUCCUCUAGAACAAGCAGUCAGUGACCUGAAGGACCAGCUGAGAUCUGACUUGGAGUCUCUGCAGGACAAGAGGGACAAAUAUGAAGAAGUGGAGGAAACAUACCAGGAAGUGAUUCAACACUCCAAGGAGCAGCUGUUGUCCACAGAGAGGCAGAUCAGAGCAGAGUUCAACAAGCUCCACCAGUUCCUGAAAGAGGAAGAGGACUCCAGACUGGCAGCUCUGAGGGAGGAAGAGGAGCAGAAGAGGAAGACCAUCAGCAGAGAGAUGGAGAUGAUUCAGGAGCAGAUCUCCUCUCUGUCAGACAGCAUCUCUGCUGUUGAAGAAGACCUGCAGAAACACAACGUGUCCUUCCUCAGCAGUUAUAAACCCACUCAGACCAGAGCCAGAGUCCAGAGCUCACGGUCAGAUCCACAGCUGGUCUCAGGACUGCUGAUAGAUGUGGCCAAACACCUGGGCAACCUGUCCUUCAGAGUCUGGGAGAAGAUGAAGGACAAGGUCCACUUCAGUCCUGUCAUUCUGGACCCAAACACUGCAGCCUACAGUCUCCAUCUGUCUGAUGAUCUGACCAGUGUGAGACGUGGAGACACAAACCAGAAGCUUCCUGAGAAUCCAGAGAGAUUCUCUAAGUAUUCAGAUGUUCUGGGAUCUGAGGGCUUCAGCUCAGGGAAACACAGCUGGGAUGUGGAGGUGGGAGACCAUCCUUUCUGGUUGGUAGGUUUGGUUAAAGAGUCAGUUGACAGGAAGGGAGAGAUACCCGUUUCACAAAUCUGGUGUUUAUUUCAUGACAGUGGAACAUACACUAAUGGAGCUGGUCAGACUGUCAGAGUGAAGAAGAGUCUCCAGAGGAUCAGAGUCCAGCUGGACUAUGACAUGGGGGAGGUGUCCUUCUACGACCCUGAAGACAUGACUCACAUCUACACUCACAGAGACACUUUCACUGAGGAACUCUUCCCAUAUUUCAAAAUUGGAGAGGCUGGUGAUGCUAAAACUGCUGAUAUCAAAAUAUGUUAAACUGAUAUUUCUCUGAGAUGUUCAUGGAGGGCAAAGUGAUCUAUUAGGAUUAUUAUCACGGAUGUGUUUUUUGUUGGUGUUAUUGUUGAUUACAAACAUUUGAGGUUGGAAUCAUAAUGAUAAAACAAUGUUCAGAUCAAGGUUAAAGAAAUAAAUAAGAUUUGAUCUCUUUCGGGAAAUAAACUGAAGAGACACAUUCAUUGGUUGUUGUAUAAUAUAAAUAUGUUUUCAAAGCACAGGGUGAGGAACUAAAGCAUAAAUAGGCAGAACUAUGUUUUAAAUGGUGUUUGUGGUGUGAAUAUCCUUCAAGAACAGACAAGUAGAUUUACUGUGAUCAUUUUAUUUCAUUUUCUUUCUCAAUGAGCAACAACCUUAGUUUGCAUUAAAGAGGCUGUGACUUUAAAUCACGUAACCACAGACAGCCUCAUCUCACCUUGUUCAUCUUUGACAUUAAACAAUUAGUCAAUAUAUCCAAUAUAGCUGGUGAGAGUUCUGAUAAUUUUAGUUCCACUUUCUGACAUACAUAUUAUUGUUUCCUGCACAGCUUCACAAACCUUACCUUUGUUCAGGGUCCGGUAUAAAAUGUCUCUGUUUCUGCUCCUUCAGAAGGUUCCUAGCUGUCCCUCUGGGUAUAAUCACAAGUGACUGGGCCUCUUGUUAAGACGCUUCAUUUUGCAAACUGUUUAUUUAAUUAUCUCAGAAAUCAGAUACACAAAUAUUGUAAGUAACCCCAUUUGUGUUUUGGCUUAGAAAACUGCUUGUCAAUCAAUUCUGUUGUUUUUUGUUGCAUGUUUUUGACAGCCUUGAGCUAGAAGUGUCUCGUUUCCUGUUUUGAAAGAAGAUGCUUUUAUUUUGAAGGCGGUUCGCGGAGUUAAAGAGGAAGUUGCAUUGUGCGCGGAUUUAAUGUAACGUUUACAGCAAAUAUGUCCGAUUUAAACACCAAACAAAGACGGUAAAGGUUUUAGCACUCCCCCGAAGAGGCACAAGGUUAGUUUAAUUGUAAUACAUGUAAUAACUGUGUAUGUUUUAAGGACAUUAGCGUAACCGUUGGAUUUGUGUGUAUGAUAUAUUAAUGCUAACGAAGAGUAAGCUAACACAUAAUUAUCGGUUUGUGCCUUUGUACUCAGCUUUUACGUUGGUUUUGGGAAUUAUUCAUGAAAACUAAAAUCCCCACUCAAGUGCAAGACCAUCUGUCGGAGGGGUAUGCUACAAAUAUAAUUAUUCAUCACUUGCCUGUUUUUUGUGUGUAACUGUAGCAUCUUAAUUUAAAUUCAGAUGUUGUGUAUCCAGCUUGCUACUAAAUAAAAUACGUUAUUCUCA